AUGAAUCAAGAAGAGACAAAUGCACCUCAACAAUGGGAAGGGCGCAAGACUGCGCUGGAGCAAAGUCCUGAGGAUAUGGAAAUUACCGGUAACAAUGAGCUGUCUUCGGAUGACGAGUACCUACUGAGUGAUCAAGACAAUUCAAGUACACACAUAUCAAAGAACAAUCACCUUGAUGCCCAAUUUCACAAUCCAAGUAGCUUGAGCAAUCACGCAAAGUAUUUUACCAAUUCCAUAGUACUGUCCUUAGAUUCCAGUGAUGUUGACAAGUCCUUGGUUCUUGAAGCGCAGAUUAGUGGAAACUUGAACAACGAAAACCAGAAGUUGGUAGAAAAGACAAACCUUUUGCGGGCAAAAGUUAGUACAGUUCAAGCAUUAUGUGAUUCCUACUUCGGUACAAAAGAUGGUUCAAAGGUAAGUAGAGCAGAGAAGCUACGAAGUGAGAUAAGUAUUAUUGAAAAACGGUUGCUGAAGUUAAAAUAUGGCGGUCGAAGUUCAUUUCCGACAUCCUUGAUAAAGACCCAGAAGAGCGGUGUUAUUGAGGAAUAUCCGGUGGAGUACUUCCAAGCAAGAGACAAAGUGCUAGAGCGAGUGCAAGAAUGA